AUGGAACCCAGAGUCAUUUCAGUCCCCAACGAGACUGUAGCCUCUUUCUCGCGUACCACGUGCGAUGGAAGACAUCUGCUCUACAAGCUCAAGGUUCUCCAACAGCCAGAGCGUGCUCGCGCUUGUGGUUCUGGCGCCAAGUCUUCUGCCGACCGUCGUCCUGUCGACCCUCCUCCAAUCGUCGAGCUCCGUAUCUUUGAUGGCGAGGAGCACAAAGACAAUGAUAUCACCUUCGCCAUGAACGCAAACUACUUCUUGUUUGCGACUCUGGAACAGGCCCGUCCAAUCGCCCAGGGCCGUGUCCCUAACGACCCUGCCCGCUUGACCGUCUUGACCGGCACUCCGGUCGCUGGCAUGGUUUACCUGGAUCGCCCUGAUCAAGCUGGAUACUUUAUCUUCCCUGAUCUUUCUGUCCGUCACGAGGGAAAGUACAGACUGGGCUUCAGCCUGUACGAGGAGUUGAAGGACCCCAAGGAUGCAGACCAGCUGGACGAGGCAGCUGCAGCCGCCGCUGCUCAGGGAGAAGCACAGAUCACCCAUCGCCUGGAAGUCAAGUCGCAGCCUUUCACUGUCUACAGUGCCAAGAAAUUUCCGGGACUUGCUUCCAGCACCCAGCUCAGCCGCACCGUGGCUGACCAAGGAUGUCGUGUCCGCAUUAGACGUGAAGUUCGCAUGCGUAGACGUGAGAAGGGCAAGGACUUUGACGGCUACUCGGACCGUGGUAGACAUUCGGCCACCCCUGACGUCUACCAAUCUCAUCUGGCUGGAGCCCACCCCGGCGCUGAAGCCGCAGACCGCGAAAGGUCGGCCAGUAUUGCCAGCCACGCAUCGCUUGCCGCUGCUCCCUCGUCUCGCCGUCCAUCUGGACAUGACAUGUGCCAGGUAUACCCUCAGCCUGCAUACCCUCCUCAGGCCGUCGCUCAGCACCCUGGAGCUCAGCCGACCGCCCCUGCACAGCCUCAGUACUCGCAAACCCCUACUCAUCAGUACGCUGCACCAUACGCGCAGCAGCAGGCUCAAAUGCAGCCCCCACCCAUGCAGCCUCCUCAGCCCCAGAUGCACUACGGACAAUAUCAGUAUACCCAGGCUGCAGCACCUGCUCCUGCCCACCAGCACGCCGCCUACUACGCUUAUGGACACCCAGCUCAACAGCAUGCUCAGUACGAGGAACCAGCUGUUGCAAGAACCAUGAGUGUUGACUACUCUCACGGAGCCCCUGCUCCUGUUCCUGCCGAUGUUCGCCGUCACUCGAUGAUCCAGACACCUUCGUAUCCUCACAGCAGCCAGCCUCAGGCAUACUCAUCCCAAUACCACCAACCUGCUUACACACCCCAGCAGACGCCUAAGAUGAGACAGAUGAGCCAGGUUUCUGCAGCUGGUGCAUCGGCAGUUGCACCCCAUGUGCUGCCUCCAAUCAACACAUCGCUGGUUGCUCAAACCAAGCUCGAGAUCUCACCACCAUCCAGUGCAGUGUCGCAGAGCCACUACUAUGACAUGGCUAGAAGCUCAGAAAACGGACAGGUCAACGGCAAGCGCUCGUACGAUCGUGUCUUUGACACACGUCACCUGAACGGACCAUUGAGACAGGGCGCCAGACCAUCAGUAUCGGGCUACGGUCAUAUCGUGGCGGAUGACGGAAACGACAGCGAAGUCGCAGAGUUGGAGAGCUUGAAGAUGAGCUACAGACGCGCAGAUGGACGCGAAAUUGCUCGCCCUCUUCCCCCCAGCCAUGACUAA